AUGCUCAACAACAUGUCUGGCAGUCACAUUGCGGGCAACCGCAAUAGCACCCCCGAGGCAAACACGACGUCGUCUCUGCGGCCCCCUUCUUCGAGGGCUGUUCCCGCCAACAGCCAUCUAAGGGCUUCCGCCGACAUGGCUGCUCUCCAGAACUCGUCUCCCUCGAGCCGCAUCCGACCAUCCUCUGACUUCUACGGUCAGUCUCAACAGGGCCAGGGCCAUGGCAAUCCCGAUGUUGAUCCCCAGGACAAGAUCGCCCAGCAGUGGAUAGCCGACAUCGAUCAGUACGAGACAACACUGGAAGAGAUGGCCGCCGCCACCCUCGACCAGGACUUCAAGGAUGAGUUAAGCGCCAUUGAACAAUGGUUCCGGGUUCUCAGCGAGGCCGAGCGUACCGCCGCUCUCUAUGCUCUGCUACAACAGACCACCCAGGUGCAGAUUCGCUUCUUCAUCCAGGUCUUGCAGCAGAUGGGUAAAAGCCAUCCCUUGUCUGGGGUUCUCUCUCCCGCCAACUUUGACAAAGACCCCAUGUCGAAUCGCCUCAGCGAUGCCAUGAACAAGCUGAACGUGGAUUCUGCCAGGAACUCCAUUGCUCGUCCCUCGAGCACCGCGACUGGCAAGCGUCAAUCAGGUCUCGAUCCCUCGACCAUCAACGCGAUGUUCCCCGAUGCCGCUGCGGCUAUCGCCACUGAGAAGGCCAAGUUCACACAACAGAAUGGCGCCCCGCCUUCUUCCAACCGUAAUAGCGCCGUCGGUGAUCGUCAAUCCCUUGCAGCCCCGACAAUCUCAGCUCCUGGCGAAACCCACGACUCCAACGGACAAAACCAGACCUCACCAUGGGCCGGAGGCGAUCAGACGGCCCAGGGGGCCAAGUCCGCUGGCAGCCAGCCGCCGAUGGGUCAAUUCCAAGCACCCCCGAGAUCCCCUCGCCCCCAGAUUUCGGGUAACCAGAACAUCCAGAACACUACUCUGACGACUAGCGACAAGCCGGCAGAUCUCCCCCUUCUUUCCCCUUACAACCCCAGUGGCGGAAACUGGGCCUCUAUGGUCAACACCCCGCUUGUUGCCAACUUCAACCCCCAACAAAGCGGCAACCAGGCGGACAUGGUCGCCAACGCCACCGCUAUGAAGCUGGCAGCUCUCUCGACGGUCAACAAUCGAUUUGCCCUUGACGAUGUUCGCAAGUACCGACGAGCUCGCUCCAACGACGCCCCUGGCGCUCCGGGUCAACCGGGAAUACCUCAGAACGCCCAAGGUGUCAACGUUCCGGGCGCCAACGUUGUCAUGAUCAACGAGCACGGACAGGUCCUCAGCCGUGAGCAGAUGAUCGCUUUGCAAGCCCAGAACAUCGGUUUUGGUCAGCAUCGGUCUCGUCCCAACUCCCCUGGUAUCGCAAUGCAGCCAGGCUUUGGCGGACCCAUGGCGUUCGCGUCUCCGCAGAAUAACGGAUUUCUCAGCGCUUACGAUGGCUCUUCGCCUCUUCUCAACAAUGGCAUUCCUCAGGUGAACGUCGGUCAGCUGGGAAUUGGCAACCACGAAGGAUAUUUGUCCGAUCAUUCUGACAUGAAUCGCGGCCGCUCUCCCCGCGGUCGCCGUGGCAGCUCAAAGCCUCCUGAAGACCCGACGGACCCUAGCCUAUUGCAGGAUAUCCCCAGCUGGCUGCGCAGUCUCCGCCUGCACAAGUACACGGAAAAUCUCAAGGAUAUGAAGUGGCACGAGCUAAUUGAGCUGGACGACAAGGCUUUGGAGGAACGCGGCGUCAACGCUCUGGGAGCCAGGCGUAAAAUGCUGAAGGUUUUUGAUCAGGUGAAGGAGGCGAAAGCGGAAGGCAAGAUCGGUUAA